AUGUUAAAAAUAGAAGAAGAGUAAUUAAAUUUAUUACUGUAAAGCUAAGAUCAUAUUAUGAAUAAGAUUGAUUAAAAUUAGGAUGAAAAGUAUCUAGAAAGACAUACUAAGUAAUGCUUUUAUCGCUUUUAGUAAUUUCCUAACUAAGUGACUGUAGUAUGCUCUCAAUCAGAAAUUACAUAAAAGCAAUGCUAAAUAAGAUUGAUUAAUAAUAAUGUUCGAUAAAAUUAAUCACAGCAGUUUAGUUAAUAUUCAAAGACAUUUUACUAUGAUUUAUUCUUCAAAAUAAUAUCACGCUACAAUAAUUCUUAAAUUCAACUUGAUAGAAACUGCAUAACAAGAAUGAAGAGUGUAUUCAGUAAUAUAAAAGAAGAAGAAAGUAACCAUUUAGCAUCACCAUAAACAAUGAUGAUAAGAACGAAUCAUUAACUUAUAAAUCAGGGUUUACUUAAUUAAGUUACUACCUAUCUUUAGAAAAUUAAACCGCGAUUCUUUAAGGUGUUCUCAUAUUAAAUUGAUGAAAUUGUCACACUUGAUGUGAAGGAUUGUUGCCAAGAUAUCCUAAAAAACUAUGUCUGUUGUUUAUUUCAAAAAUUUUUGUCAAAAGAAAAAAAUAAGGAAAGCAAACAAAAAAUUUAAAUUAUUAGCUAAUAAUAUUUUAAUAACAAAAAAUAAGGAAAGAAAAUUCUGAAAAAUAAAUAUGCCGUUGAUCUUCAUAACUUUAAAAAUAGUUUUAUGAGAUUGGUCACUCAAUUGAUUUGCCCAAAUAUUUUAGAUUGCUUCAACCUUAGCGAAUACCAAAAAAAUAGCUUAAUCGAAAUAAUCAAAAGACUAAAAGAAAACUCAGUAAAAUUUCGCGCUCAAUAAAUUAAGUAUCAGCACUACACAAAAAUACAUUACACUGCUUUAUUUCUUAAGCACUAUGAAACUGAUUUUUAUAAACUCAACAGAAAUUCUAAAAUUUCAGCAUUCGAAUGUAAAAUUUAUUAGUUGGAUGUCUCAGAGUUCAAAAAUUUGACAUAUUCUGAAAUAUUAAGAUGCAAUAAUUUUAAAUCUCUCUUUGGAUAGAUAAUUAUUUAAUGUUUGCAAAUAGCUGAGAGCUAAUAAUAAGUAAAAAUAAAAUGUAAAAGUAAUGCAUGUGAUCAUGAUUUGCAAAAUAAUCGCUAUUUUUACAUUAAUAAAGUAAAAAAAGGGAUAUAAAAAUUAAUGAUUGGAAAAAAAGCUAAGGGAUUUUGA